AGAGAGAGAUAAAGUAGCUUAACCUCACUUUAGUAUUAACUUUAUUUUCAAAAUAAAAGUAUAGAAGAAUACAAAAUGUUUAUCUUAGCAGAGAUGACAAACGUAACGAGAAUUCCUCCUGGACUGUUCAACCUCAAAUUAAACGAUGCUAUCGCUGGAGAAUUAAACAAGAAACUGGCUAACAAGGUAGUUCUUGACGUAGGCCUUUGCAUAGCCCUGUUCGACAUAAUCGAGCUGCAAGAAUCCUAUAUCCUCCCUGGUGACGGAGCUUCCCAUACCAGAGUAAAAUUCCGAUUCAUCGUCUUCAGGCCUUUCAUGGAGGAAAUUCUGAUAGGAAAAAUCAGGAGCUGCAGCCAGGUAGGAGUGCACGUUACCAUGGGAUUCUUUGAGGAUAUCCUCAUACCCCCUACGGCCUUACAGCAUCCUUCCAGGUUUGACGAAAAUGAGCAGGCUUGGGUUUGGGAGUACGAUAUGGGGGAUGAUAAUAAGCACGACUUGUUCAUGGACGCAGGGGCUUCGAUUAGGUUCAGAGUGACCGCGGAAAUGUUCAACGAAACUUGUCCUGCUGGCCCCCAAGUACAGGAAUCGCAGGAGUCUUCCGAAAACAAGACCCCAUAUGCUUUGAUGGGGAGUAUAAACGAAGAUGGCCUAGGAUUAUUGUCCUGGUGGGAUAAUCAAACCUAAGAUAAUUAGACUCUGUUAUUGUUAAAUAAUUUAUAAAAUUUAUUUUUUUACCUUA